CCCACCAAAGAGUGAGGAGCAAGUGCUCCAUGGAAGACAAGGAGAAGAAGAAGCAACAGAAGAAGCAUACGCACCUCCAUCAACAGCAGCAGACCAAGAACAAAUCCAAAUCCACCACGGACCCUCACUUCAAGCCGAGCUCCGACGUGAAAGGCAUCCGAUUCGGUGGCCAAUUCAUCGUCAGAUCCUUCACCGUCCGCCGCGCCGCCCCGUUCGAGCUGCUAGGCCUUCUUGACAUCUCCAAUUCCCAGCAGAGCCGGAGCCAUGGCCGUGGCCUCCCUUUCCCUUCCACCAUCACCUACUUGCCUACCAACUUCACCAUCUUAGCACACCAUGCAUGGCACACCCUCACGCUCGGACUCGGCACCAAGAAGUCCAAGGUCCUGCUCUUCGUCUUCGAGACCGAGGACAUGAAGUUGGCCAUGGACCGUCUCUGGCCACCACUGAUCCCGUUAGGGGAGGUGAACCGGAAGCUCAUACGGGGGCUCGCCGGGUGCGAGAUGGCGAGGUUCAAGUUCAGGAAAGGAUGCCUCACCUUCUACCUUUACGCAGUGCGGCGGCUCGGCAUGGCCGGGUUCCCUCGGACAGAUGAUCUAAGAACCAUUCUGGAGUCCGUUGUGGAGCUCAGCGAUUUCCUGGAUCACACGGCUAUGCUCGCGUUGCCAAGCCAGAGGAGCAUUUCUUUCUCGCCACCCGUCGCCAUGGCGCACUGAGAUAUUCCCCAUUUUGUCUGAAUCCGAGCAUUUCGGGAUUGUUAUACUCUCCACUCUCUCCUUAAUUGUUUCUUCUACAUCUCUUUGUUCUUUUUCUCACUCAGUGUGAGAUGGUAUGUCUUCAUUACAGAGUGUGAACUGGAUUAUGUUGAAUGAUGCUUAGAAAACAACUGUAUCUCCUCGAUUAUAAAAUUUCGAACCAUGUUACCUAA